AUGGAAGACAAUGAAGCCCGUAAUAGUGAAGUAAGCCUGGAGGAUCAAUACAUGAACAUCUCACUAGAAAAUGAAGAGGAGGAGGAUCUGAUAUAUGAUCAAGGAGUGGAAGAUUUAUCUGAAGUCGAUGCUAGAUGGUGCUUGGUUGGUCGCUUUCUCACAGACAGAUGUUUUGACUUUCAGGCGAUGCAACACAAAAUGGCGUCGUUGUGGAGACCGGGACGGGGGGUAUACGUUAAGGAGCUUGAGCAGAACCGGUAUCUUUUUCAGUUCUACCAUGAGGUAGAUAUAUCACGUGUGAUGGAAGGCAGUCCCUGGACUUUCGAUCGGGUCCCGUUGGUUUUUGAGCGUCUAAAAGUAGGAGAGAAUCCACGGGCUAUGGUUUUGAACAGGUUACACUUUUGGGUGCAACUUCAUGGCAUGACUCCGGGGUUUAUGUCGGAACGCAUGGUACGGGAUAUUGGUAAUCGUAUUGGAGAUUUCGUGGAAUCCGACUUAAACAAUUUUAAUGGUGUUUGGCGUGAUUAUAUGCGCAUUCGGGUUUUGCUAAAUGUGGAUCUCCCUGUGAAGCGGAAAAUGAAUAUCAAGAACCAAAAUGGGCAGAUUUGUUGUGUACAGUUUAAGUAUGAAGAUUUGACUACGUUCUGCUUCAUCUGCGGCAUACUUGGUCAUUCUGAACGUUUUUGUGAAAAAAUCUUCGAUACUCCUCAGCAUCUUCUCGUCAAACUGUAUGGUCUAGGCAUAAAGGCUGCACCUCGACGUCGGAACCAUACUAUUGGCUCACAGUGGCUACGGCAAUGA